CCAUGUAUGGACGAAGGGAAAUGUACAAAGUUUUUCCCCAAAAAACAUGUUGAUCAGACAACAGUUGAUAAAGAAGGAUUUCCAGUUUACAGAAGACGGAAAACAAAUCAUUUUGUUAAGAAGAAUGGUUUUAAGUGUGACAAUCGCUAUGUUAUACCAUAUAACAAAGUGUUGUUACUAAGAUAUCGGGCUCAUCUUAAUGUUGAGUGGUGCAACCAAACAGGUUUUAUCAAAUAUUUAUUUAAGUACAUUACUAAAGGGUCUGAUUGUGUCUCAGUAGUUGUUGAGCCAUCUUCGACAGAAAAAGUACAGAACAAGAAAGCUAAAAAAGUAAGAAAGGAGACUCCGGUUCAAAAUACUGAAGGUAGUGGUAAUGUUGAUGAAAUAAAAGAUUACUUAGAUGGCAUGUAAGUAUUUAGAUUAUCUGUAUUAUUUGAUCAUACCUAAUCAGACCAGAAAUUUGACAAAAACUUUAGCACAUGAUAAACGAAUUUAAAAAUGGCAGGUAUGUUUCAGCUUUUGAAGCUGGUUGGAGAAUAUUAAAAAAUCCUAUAACUUACAGAUCUACAUCAGUUCAAAGGUUGUCUUUUCACCUAGAAGGGAAGCACCUAAUAUAUUUCAAGGGUGAUGAUGAAGUAGCAACAAUUUUGGAUAGAGGGGAGUUAGUUAAUUCUAUAUUUCUCGCUUGGUUUGAGUUGAACAAGGUUAGCUCAUUGGCGAAAACAAAAACAUAUGUGCAAUCCCUAAGUUUUUCACAUGGGAUGGGAAGAAAAAGAAGUUUAAUUUAAGAAAGAGACCAGGUACGACGAUUGGAAGGAUUAACUAUGUUCCAAUUGGUUUCGAAGAUGAAUAUUAUCUACGAGUACUUCUCAAUAGUGUCACAGGACCUGAGUGCUUUGAUGACAUUAAAACUGUGGAAGGAGUUGUCUAUGGAACUUACAAAGAGGCAUGUUUUGCUUUAGGGUUGCUAGACAAUGAUCAAGAAUAUAUAGAUGAUAUAGUCCGAACAAGUUUUUGGAGUAUUGGAAACUACUUACGUCGUCUAUUCGCUAUAAUGCUUCAAUCUUUUAGUUUAUCUCAACCAGAAGUUGUUUGGGAAAAAACUUGGUCUCAUUUAACUGAAGAUAUAGAGAUGAGACGGAGAGAAUACUUUAACCGACCAGGUAAAACAUCAAUCUUUAUAAUCAUUAGUGUCUAUUGUGUGAGAGUUAUAAUCUAGGUCUGAUUUUGAAAUUUCUUUUGGAUUUUGUGAAGAUCUUAUUCUAUUCGAUGACGCUAAGCAGAGAUUUGGCUUACAAGAUAUAGACAACAUAUUAAAGAGCAAUGGAACAAGGUUGUCAGCCUUUGCCACAAUGCCUACACUUCCAGAUGAUAUCAUUGAUGAUACUAAUGUGUUGAUUGUUGAUGAUAGAGACUAUGACCGGAAAGAGCAGCAAGAAAAACAUGAUUCAUGGUUAAAGUCUAUGACAGAUGAGCAAAAAAACAUAUACAGAGAAAUCAUGGAAGCAGUGGAUAACGACAUGGGUGGUGUGUUCUUUGUCUAUGGAUUUGGUGGAACUGGUAAAACCUUCCUAUAUAAAACUCUAUCAGCAGGAUUAAGAGUGAGAGGAGAAAUCGUCUUAAACGUUGCGUCCAGUGGCAUUGCUUCUCUAUUGUUAGCAGGUGAAAGGACAACACAUUCUAGGUUCGGAAUUCCAAUAAAUCCGCAUGAAAGUAGUGUUUGUACAAUGAGUCCGGGUUCAGAUCAAGCACAACUGGUGGAAGAAGCAUCUUUGAUAAUAUGGGACGAAGCCCCAAUGAUGAGCAAACAUUGUUUUGAAUCGUUAGAUAGAAGUUUGUCGGAUAUUAUAAAAGGAGCUGGUAAUCGAUCUUUUGGUGGAAAAGUUGUUGUAUUUGGUGGAGAUUUCAGGCAGGUGUUACCCAUCAUCCCAAAUGCAGGAAGAGCAGAAAUAUGUAUGAGUGCACUAAAUGCUUCUUAUCUAUGGAAGCAUUAUAAAGUAUUGAAGUUGACCAAGAAUAUGAGGCUUCUUGCGAAUAAUUUGAGUUCUACAGCAGCUCAAGAUAUAAAGGAUUUCUCAGAAUGGAUACUAAAAGUUGGUGAUGGAAAAAUUUCUGAACCUACUGAUGGUGAAGUGAUGAUAGAUAUCCCUGAAGAGUUUUUAAUCACAACUGCAGAUGAUCCUAUUGAGGUAAUAAACAAGGUAAUAAGCAGAGAGGUUUAUGGAGAUCCUAAAUGUUUGAAAGAUAAUGAUGAUCCUAAAUUUUUUCAAGAAAGAGCAAUCUUAUGUCCGACCAAUGAGAAUGUUGGGAUAAUCAAUGAGUAUAUGCUUGAUCUGCUUGAAGGUUAG